AUAGCACAAGGAGACAGCACUGACUGGUUGACUUGCACUGGUUUGUUGAUUGUUUGAACAGAUCAAGAUAUCCACCAUCGGUACCAACCCAGUACAAUCAGUGUUACUAGGUCUAGAUCUAGAUGUAAUUGCUUGAACCUUCAUUAAGUAUGUUUUUAAGUUAAUUGAACAGAGCAGAGCAUGAUUCAACUGUGUUAAUGUUUUGUAAAAAGACGUUCGGUCUCCUACUAGAGGUCUAGAUCUAAAUCUACGAUUUUUUGUUUUGAUGGAGACGCCCCACUGGCUCUUUUACAAUCUGAGCUGAUAGGCCUAUUGAGGCUAUUGAUAACGAGACCCCCUCCUUCAUUCAUCAAGCCGCGUUCGUCAUCAUCCAAGAUGAAAGUGCUGGCUUUGAGGAGCUGUAGAGCCAUUUCCAGUGGAAGCAGCUGCCUGCGAUGGAUCUUCUUGUUUUUUGGCAUUUUCGUGUUUGUUGAGGUGCUAAUAUUUAAUAUCGUCAUUGUGUACAUCUAUGGCAAGAUGCACUCAGAGCUUGCGAGUUUCACUGAGGGUUCUAGCAGUGUGUUUGACAAACUGAUGGCAAACAAAAAGAUCAAUUCUUUCUUAUUUGAUGCAAAAGCGGACGGAGUAUUUACGAGACUGUUGCAAGAAACCAUUGAGCGUAUGUACAUCAACCACAACAGCCAAUCUGCCCGACGACCUCUAAUUCAGGAUGAGAGUGGAAAACGAUUGAAUGAUAUAAGUUUCAUCGGCAUUGAUGUAUCACACUCCAAGGAAUCAACUUAUAUUUAUCAGAGGAUUUUACAACGAAAGAGUUUCCCUUACCAUUUUCUAAUAGUGGAUAUUGGUGCAAAUGAUGGCUUCUUGUCGAGCAAUUCAUUCAAUUUCAUUCAAUGGGGCUGGGAUGCAGUGCUAGUGGAUCCCCAGUCAACAGAAAUUGUAACAGCUAAGAUGAAUCUCAAAAACUACAUUGACAAAUAUAAUGAUGGGAUUCAAAAGGUUGCUUUUGAGCAGGCAGCAAUUGCAGACCAUGACGGCAGCAUUGAGUUUGUAAUCACAGAAGCCACGCAGGGCACAGAGAGUCAUGUCAAGUCUCGUGGCCAGAGAAAAAGAGAAGGGGACACAGUUGUCGUCGUGCCUUGUAUCUCUGUGAAGACGCUGGUAGACAGGUACAAGAUCCCCAAGUACUUUGGGAUUUUGUCUCUAGAUGUGGAAGGGAUGGGAGCUGAGAUCUUGAGGUUCUGGAUAGACUCAGAGUUCCGACCAGCAUACAUCAUCUUUGAACACUUGCACUUGCAAGAACCUCUCUCAGAUACUGUGAGUUACCUGAAGGAGAACGGCUACCGCUACAUCGGAACACGAGGUUGGAAUGUCAUCUUUGAGCAUGUGAUGGAAACUCAAGAAAAAGAAGGAUCUUAGAGGAGCAUAUAGGACAUGACAAUGUCAAGGUGUUUUUAGCUGUCCGGUUUGUUUUUGGCACUGUGGCCUGUAACUCUGACUCAAUUUCAUAAAACAGUUUUGAAUUGUGUCAUUAUAUCUGUUAGAGAACAUAUAUGCAAUGAAGUCUGUGAAUGUUUUUUUGUUUUGUUUUGUUUUGUUUUUUGGGUCCUUAAAAAAAAAAAGACAAAGAAAGAAA